ACAAGCGACAAUAGCUGGCGCAGCAUUAUUAUAGUUAUCAGAACAAGAACCAAACAUUUAGAUAAUCGGAAGUGAAAAUAAGUUAUAAAAUUAUCAAAUUCAAUGGGAUGUGCAUUUUUGACAACUGUGGAUGUCACACAAACAUAACAAGUUGGAACCAUUCUCAAACGAACAUGAAAAUUUGCCUCAGUUUUCAUUUCCAUAUAUCGACGUGAGUUGCUGCAGAAUAUCUCCCUUCGAUCCGGGCUGAAAAUUCGAAGUUCGACACUUGCUUCGAAUAAUUGGCAACACUGAGUGCAAUUACGAAAAGACAAAAUGGCGAUUUUCGACAAAUGACUUGUGAAUGGGAGACGAGGACGACGUGAAUUUUUGUGCUGCGUUGGAGAAAAAAUUUUCCAUUUGCAAUUAUCAGAUUUAAAGUGAAAAUUUUUUAAGAAAAUUAGAUAAUUUUGAAAGAGAAUAGUGUAUGUUUAAUGUCUGCUUUAAGAAAAAGGUGCUUGCUGAGACAAAAAUAUCAUGAGCCAGGUACACAAUGAAUCCAUCAAUAGCAUAGGAUCGGAAGAAAAUGACGACAACCAAGAAGAUCCGAACGCCUCUGGCAGUGGCAGUGGCAGUUCUUCAGGAUCUGAUUCCGAUUCAGAUAGCUCAACAUCAUCUUCUAACUCAAGCAGAAGACAUAGUUCGCCAGACCGCGGUUCGCAUGCCAGUGACCAAAGUUAUGACAGCGAUGACAAUGCCCAAGAUGGACAUACCCAACAACAAGCAAAAAAAGAUGUCGACAGUUCUGGCUUUCCGCCAACGGCAGCAGCUGCUCAAGAGGAUACCAAAACCAAUGGUUACUCAGAUGACAACGAUUCGGAGAGCGUUUCGAAUUCUGACUCUAAUUCAGAAAGCAAUGAAGACGAAGAUGAAGAAAAUCAAGGUGCAGAAAUUAACCAAGAUAAGUCCACACACAAUCUUACCAACAACACAUCGGCAACAACAGUUAAUACCACCACAAACACAUCAACAACAGACAACAAUACCUCAAAUACAACAAACGACGGCGAAGAAGACUCGCAAGAAGGAGACACAAGCUUUGGAGACGAGGAUGAGGUCGACCACAAUAACACAGCCGAAGGUAGCGAGAGCAAAACUAGAACCGAGAACGUGGCAACAUCGACCCCAAAUAUGGUAUCCCAGUCAACCCUAGCAGCUACCACAACAUUAUCCAAACGCAGUGUUGAAAAAAUGCAACAUGUUGAAGACGAUGACGAUGACGACGGCGAAGCAUCGGAAUCUGGAGAAUCUGUCGAAAAGAGUUCUAACUCGUCAGCUGCAGAGUCACCAACUGCCAGCAGUAGCAGUAGCAGUGAAGACGAUGAAGACGACUACCAGCCAAAACGAAGUACGCGGACUGCUAGAAAACCACCAAUUGUAACAACAGCAGAGAAGACCGCAAAGAAAGCAAUGAAAAAACGGAAAAAACAAAAUUGGGACUCAGACGAAAGUGAUGAAAGCAAUGCGGACAGCGAUAUGUCAGCGCCACGCCGACGAAAAGUGAACACAAAGGCGGGCAGUACCAAGGUAUCACAACGUCGCGGGAAAAAGUCUUCCUAUUCCAGCGAUGAAAGUGAUGAUGGUGAGGAAGAUAGCAAAAGGUUUGGAACGCGACGAGCUGCAGCCGCGGUUAGCUACAAAGAAGCUUCAGAAGAUGAUAAAACCGACUCGGAAGAUCUCUUAGAAAUCGAAUAUGAUGAGAGUCAAGCGGCGGCUGCAGAAGAAGAGGAGAAAUGUGAAACAAUAGAGCGUAUCUUGGCGAAACGUCAAGGUCGAAAAGGCUGUACAGGAAACCCAACCACAAUUUAUGCCAUAGAGGAACAUGGCGUCGAUCCUAAUGACGGUGUCGAUGAGAACGAUUUAGCGAAUACUGAAACGCAGUAUUUGAUCAAAUGGAAGGGUUGGUCAUACAUACACAACACUUGGGAGUCAGAAACUACUCUGCGCGAACAAAAAGUUAAAGGCAUGAAGAAACUUGAUAAUUUUGUGAAAAAGGAACAAGAUAUUGAUUAUUGGCGUCGGUAUGCUGGCCCCGAAGAUAUUGAUUACUUUGAAUGCCAAUUAGAAUUACAAAACGAUUUGCUCAAAUCUUACAAUAAUGUAGAUCGUAUCAUAGCGCGUAACGAAAAGCCAGAUGGCAUGUCUGAAUACCUAUGUAAAUGGCAAUCGUUACCAUAUGCUGAGGCUACAUGGGAAGAUGGUUCAUUAGUUCAACGCAAAUGGCAACGAUGUGUAGAACAAUAUGAGGAGCGAGAAAUAUCCAAAUGCACACCAUCGCGCCACUGUAAGGUGCUCAAGUAUCGACCAAAAUUCUACAAAAUACGCGAUCAACCCGACUUUCUAAGCGAAGGCUUAACCUUGCGCGAUUAUCAAAUGGAUGGUCUCAAUUGGUUACUACACUCGUGGUGCAAAGAAAAUUCCGUUAUACUUGCCGACGAAAUGGGUCUUGGUAAAACCAUUCAAACCAUUUGUUUUCUUUACUCAUUAUUUAAAGUGCAUCACUUAUAUGGGCCAUUUUUGUGUGUCGUGCCGCUAAGUACUAUGACAGCGUGGCAGCGCGAAUUUGAUCUCUGGGCACCGGAUAUGAAUGUCGUGACAUAUUUGGGUGAUGUAAAAUCGCGUGAAAUGAUACGCCAAUAUGAAUGGCAAUUCGAUGGUUCGAAAAGACUGAAAUUCAACUGCAUUCUUACAACAUAUGAGAUUGUGCUGAAGGAUAAAUUAUUCCUAGGUACCUUGCAAUGGGCCGCUUUACUAGUUGACGAAGCUCACCGCUUGAAAAAUGAUGAUUCUUUGUUGUAUAAAUCUCUCAAGGAGUUCGAAACAAAUCAUCGUUUGUUAAUCACUGGUACACCCCUACAAAAUUCACUAAAAGAACUAUGGGCCUUGCUUCACUUCAUUAUGCCCGAUCGAUUUGUUACUUGGGAAGAGUUCGAAUUGCAACAUGGAAAUGCUGCCGAUAAGGGUUAUACAAAACUGCAUCAGCAACUUGAACCGUACAUAUUACGGCGAGUGAAGAAGGACGUCGAAAAAUCAUUGCCAGCGAAGGUAGAACAAAUAUUAAGAGUCGAAAUGACAUUAAUGCAAAAGCAAUACUACAAAUGGAUUUUGACGAAAAACUUCGACGCUUUACGCAAAGGCAAAAAGGGCUCCACCUCUACGUUCUUGAAUAUUGUAAUCGAAUUAAAGAAGUGUUGCAAUCACGCUUCGCUCAUUCGGCCAUCAGAAUUCGAAUUGAUAGGUCUACAGCAGGAGGAAGCACUACAAACCUUGCUAAAGGGUUCCGGAAAAUUGGUACUUCUUGAUAAGUUAUUGUGCCGCCUGAAAGAGACCGGCCAUCGAGUGUUAAUUUUUUCGCAGAUGGUGCGCAUGCUGGACGUGCUAGCUGAUUAUCUGCAAAAACGACAUUUUCCAUUUCAACGCCUUGAUGGCAGCAUAAAAGGUGAAAUGCGACGUCAAGCUUUAGACCACUUUAAUGCCGAAGGUAGUCAGGACUUUUGUUUCCUGUUGUCCACGCGCGCUGGUGGCUUGGGUAUCAAUUUAGCAACGGCCGAUACAGUUAUCAUCUUUGAUUCCGAUUGGAAUCCACAAAAUGAUUUACAAGCACAAGCGCGUGCACAUCGAAUUGGUCAAAAAAAUCAAGUGAAUAUAUAUCGUUUAGUGACAGCGCGUUCAGUUGAGGAGCAAAUCGUGGAACGAGCGAAACAGAAAAUGGUACUUGAUCAUCUAGUUAUACAGCGUAUGGACACUACAGGUCGUACUGUUUUGGAUAAAAGUGGUGCGAGCUCAUCCAAUGCUACGCCAUUUAAUAAAGAUGAUUUGUCAGCAAUUUUAAAAUUUGGUGCCGAAGAGUUAUUUAAAGAUGAGCAGGAGAAUGACGAUGAGCUAGUUUGCGAUAUUGAUGAAAUCUUACGGCGUGCAGAAACGCGAAAUGAAGACCCCGAAAUGCCGGGUGAUGAUUUGUUAUCUGCGUUUAAAGUUGCUAGUAUCGCUACAUUUGAGGAGGAACCCAGUGAAGCGACUAAAGACGACGAUAAUAUGGGUGGCGAGGAGGAAGAUACCAAAGAUUGGGAUGAUAUAAUACCGGAGGAUUUCAGGAAGAAAGUCGAAGAUCAAGAACGCGUUAAAGAAAUGGAAGAUCUGUAUUUACCUCCACGAAGAAAGACUGCUGCAGCAAACCAGGAUUCCAAUGUGUCAUCUAAACGCGGUGGAAAGAAGGGCCAACCGGAAGAGUCAGGUGCGGACUCAGAUUAUGAACUUGGUUCGGAUGUUAGUGGUGAAGACGGCCGUCCAAAAAAACGUGGCCGGCCUACGAAUAAAGAGAAAAUACCUGGAUUUACCGAUGCUGAAAUCAGGCGUUUUAUCAAGUCAUAUAAGAAAUUCCCCGCCCCACUUGAACGUCUAGAAGCGAUCGCAUGUGAUGCUGAGCUGCAAGAGAAACCGUUGGCAGAAUUAAAAAGAAUCGGCGAGAUGCUUCAUGAUCGAUGCGUGCAAUUUCUUGAAGAACACAAAGAGGACCCUCCAGUAUUGCCCAAAAAUCAAACAGAUGACACUGUCGCUGCAAAACAAAGACGCACCCGUGCCACAUAUUCCGUUAAGCUGGGUGGUGUCUCGUUUAACGCCAAAACCUUAUUAUCAUGCGAAGAAGAACUGAAGCCGCUCAAUGAUAUCGUACCAAGUGCGACGAGUGAACGCUACAGUUGGCAGCUGAACAUUAAAACUAGGCCUGCGAAUUUCGACACGGACUGGGGCGUCGAAGAAGAUUCUAAGUUAUUAUGCGGCAUUUAUCAGUAUGGUAUAGGCUCAUGGGAGCAGAUGAAAAUGGAUCCAAGUUUAAAACUGACUGAAAAAAUUCUAUUCAAUGAUUCUCGUAAGCCACAAGCGAAGCAUUUACAAUCGAGAGCGGAAUACUUGUUAAAAAUUAUUAAAAAGAAUGUUGAACUAAAAAGGGGGGUACAACGCAAACAACGUAAACCGCGUAAACCACGAGAAGCUAAAGUCAGCGGUAAUGUCGGCACUAAUUCAACUGUGUCUCUCACACCCGAACGUAAGCCAAGACACAUAUCCGAGUCCCACCUUGGGGACGAUGCAUCGCAGUCAGCACACGAAGGAGCUGAACGUAAACCACGCUCACGCGAUAGUACUUCCAAAACUGAAAGCGUUGACCAUGACGCGACUACAACUCUUGCGGAGUCUACAGAUAUUGCUGCAGCUGCAACUAUAAAAAAGAAAUCCAAGCGCAGUUCUACAGGAAAAGAAGGUAAAACUGGUGGCCGCCCAAAAAAAUCAAGUGCAUCCGAAGCAACGGCGAACAACAAACCCAUGCAUUUUACAGCGAACAAUGAACCACGUGCGCUCGAAGUACUCGGUGAUCUUGAUCCCAAUGUGUUUAACGAAUGCAAAGAAAAAAUGCGGCCUGUGAAGAAAGCUCUAAUUGCCCUCGACCGACCAGAUACUAGUCUCUCCGGUCAGGAACAGGAGCGACACACCCGCGAAUGUCUGUUAUCCAUAGGCCGUCAAAUCGAUGCUUGCUUGGAAGCUUACAAGGAACCUGAAAAGAAAGAAUGGCGGAGUAAUUUAUGGUAUUUUGUGUCGAAAUUUACUGAAUUUGAUGCGAGAAAGCUAUUCAAGUUGUACAAACAUACAUCAAAGAAUGCCGAGGAGGCAGGAGGAGGUAAUGGUGCUGCUGGUGGUGCGAGCGCUGUGAAUUCAACUGAGAAAAGUGCCAAAGCGAAUUCUCAAUCGCCCAAAAAACGCCCCCGCAGUGAAACUUUAGCUCAAGUUGAAAACGGCACCACGACGGUUAUUGAGAAAAAGAAGAAGAAGAAAGACAAAGAGAAAGAUAAAGCUAAAGAGAAGGACAAGACACGUGAUAAGAAGGAGAAACUUGGCGUUGGCCCGAAUGCGGAUAAAUCGAAGCGCAUGCCUGUAAUAGAUCCGUCGUUGAAGAGAAAGCGGGAUGAAAACGAUGUAGGCAGCGGAAAUGCUAUCGAUAGCAAGGGAAUGUCGUACAAACGUCAAAAUAUGAACGUUGCUAGUAGAAAUCGCGAUCGCAAUGAUGAACGGAAAAAACAGUACACCACUGAUGGCGUUGGUUCUAUAAAUCGUGGCAACAGUGGUAUGACACCUGCUGGUAGUGGCGAUCGACGCAGUUCCAUGAACUCGCCUUCAACGCAAAAUAAUCGUAGUAUACACGGUGGUAAUUCAAGAAUGCCGCCUACUGCGGCAGGAACCCCGGGUAAUGUAGCUGGCAGUGGCAACUAUAAUUCUGCUGGUGGGGCAUCCGACUCACGUAAUAUGUCUUCUCCUUAUAUAGAUGGCAAUGAUCGUUGGGGCCAUGGUCGUGAUCGUUACGGCAACGCAGAUUACAAACGAGAGCGUUACGAUAACUAUAGUGGCCGUGGAAGCGUAGGCGGUGGUAGUUAUCACCGUGAUCAUCGCGACCGUGAUAGAGACCGAAGACCUGAUAAAAGACGAUAUCCCCCUCCUCAUGCACCUCCUCCCCUGCCAUAUGCUGGUUAUCACAUGCCUGCCAACUAUUACAUGGGCAACGGUAGUUUGCCACCGGGUGCAGCACCACCACAUGGCCCAUAUCGGGGUGACCCGCGCUAUGCAUCUACUGGUGAUUGGCCACGGGACAGUCGUAUGGAUUUUCCUCCCGAUUAUCGUAGAGGUGACUACGAACGGCGACCGCAAUCAUAAAUUCUGCCAGUUCAUCACAAGCACUAUACUGCUAAACAUUUUUUGUACUGUGUUAUGAUCAUAAUUUCUCGUCAUAUGCCUAUAGUUACUAUAAUGUUACAAACGCAAAAACCAAGCCGAAACUAUUGGAUAAGUGGUUGUAAGAAAUAUGAAAUCAAGUUAUUUCUAAAUCACAAAAAAAAGAAUAUUAAUUAUAAAUCUGUAAAAAGUAAAGUAGUCAUAAACUUAUUUAAGCAUAUCCAAUCAAUCCUCUCAUUUAAGAUUUCCAAAUUGGAAUCAACAGCGCUUUACAUUUCACUUGUUUUGAACUCUCUUUUUAAAACAUAUGCGUACACUUGUUAUAUUUAAUGCGUAAAAACAAGUUUUCUACGUAAACAUUUAAUAUUAUAAAUCUUAUGAAUUAAAUAUGUGGGUGAUGUAAAUUAAUUAAAUUAGUACUUUAAUGAGUAGAAUGAAAUCAAUAUGUAUAAUGAAUUAAAGAGAAUAAUUAUUUUGUAUUUAUACUUAACAUUAUUAAGUUUUAUUGUAGCUUUAAUUCCAUUAUACAUACAAUAUAAUAACUGUAGCCAACUGAUAUGAUAUAUAUACAUAUAUAGUUAACGCAUAAGUUUAUAAGAAAAAAAAUUAGAAUAACAUAAAGCAACAAUUUAACUUGUAAAACUGUAAUUAGAUGUGUACAAAGGAAAUUAUAAUUUGCUAUUUUUUAAAUUAAUUUCAACAAAUAUUAAAUAUAGAUAUAAGCACCACAAUCGCAUAGGUAACAUUAUUUUUUCUAAUACAUACAUAGUUAGAUUCUUUUGUUUGGUUCAGUUGCAGUCGCAUUGUUGUAAGCAUGUGAUUGAAAGUCGAUAUAAGGCAAUGAAUAAAUAAAAACCUAAUUAUAAUAUACAUUUUAAA